CAUACACGAACUGUCAAGUGGGAUUUGUCAAGAUAAAAACAAUGGAUGGGCCUAAUGAGUUAUCGUUAUCGGAAAUCCGCGAAUAUAUGCUCCAAAACGGUUGCAAAGUAACCAAUCACGCUCUCGUUAAGCAUUUCAAGCGAUUUCUCACCAAUCCUGAUACUCAAAACGAAGCACGAAAACAAUUCAAAACUUAUGUGAACAUCUUGGCCACUAUCAAGAAUGAAAACAACCAGAAAUACUUAAUAUUGCGUAAGAAAUACAUUAACGAAUGCCCAUCCGAAGACAUGGCUGAAUCAUCGAAUCCGGGUACACCCAUGAGUCCUGGCGGUGCUUCCUUGAAUUUCGAACCAGAAGGCUCUCCUUUGCGUCAGCCUCCUCCGUACAAGCCUCCGCCGCAAGUGUCACCCGCGCAUCAAGUGAAAAUCCCCGUUCUCGAGUCGGAAACGAAAGAAAACUACAAAGAUUGCAUCAACGAAUUCCAGGCGGCCGUGAGUAAAAUUGACCCGAGUCGUUUCAAGUCCUCCGAAUCGGUGGAGGAAGGAAGUGUAUCCUCACAGUCGGGGUCAUCCCAAACACCACCCUCGGUUCCGCCGCGUAAACGACAAAGUGCCGAACGUUCAAUGUCGCGCGAAAGUUCAAUUGACGAAAAUAAGGAAAAUUACGAGAAAAAUGAUGCAAGUGAAAGUGUGGACAGUGAUAAGAGGAAGGACUCUGAGAACUCGAUAAGUGUGAAGGAGGCGACCAGGAAGUUCAACCGCUUGGCUUCCGAAGAGGAAGCCAAGGUGUUGUCGCCGUCGCCUAAGAAGAAGCCGGAAAAAGAGAAGACUAUCGCGGAAGACAAACCACCUGCAGAAGUCACUCUUGCUCACCCGAAAGCGAAAGAAUGGAUUGUGUCUGCCGCUAAAGCCAACUAUCAAGAUUUAGCCAAAUUAGCAUCAGAUUAUCCGGACCUUGUCAAAUUACAGGUAAGCAAUAACAUAGGAUUACAUAGCCUGAUCCUUGGAGUUCAUGACAAAAGCUUUUUAGUUGCUACCAUUCCAUUGCAACAAUACCAAAAUGUCUACAACAAUCGCCACGGAGAUGAUGAUGAAGGCAAUGGGGACGACAACCACGACGACGACCUAGUCUUUGUGGUUAAAAUUUAUUUAUUUCUGUCACAAAACUUUUAA